GUCAUAUAGCUUUAGUAUAUAAACUGUAAAACAAUAUCUGUCAAGACAGUAAUCUUCAUCAUUUCUGCAGUGAUCAUUAGUCUUUCAGUGCUUAAAACAAACUUUAAAAAAUAAAAUAAAAAUGCAUUUCAAAGCCGCAGUCUUUUUCCUCCUAGUCGCCAUCAGCUGUUUUGUCCAAGGAAGUCCGAUCCCUGAAUCUGCAGCCAAAGAAAAACGUGCCCUCGUAUACUCUACCGCUUACCAUGCCCCAAUAUACUCGCAUGCUCCAGUAGUAGCCUCUCCGUACUACGCUCAUGCCGCACCAGUUGUAGCUCAUGCUCCAGUAGCCCAUGCCGCCACUUCCUACUCUUCGUUCACCAUCAACCACCCGAUUGUUGCUCAUGCUCCAGUUGUAGCUCAUGCUCCAGUAUACACUGCCCAUGCUCCUUUGUACGCCAGUUACUACCAUUAAAAUGUUGAAUGUUCAACUUUUCAAGCCAUCCUUUCGUACUGUACAGCUUUCAGCGUGUAUUUUUGAUCAAUUUAUUUAUUCAGAAGUGGUUACUACAUACAAUCAAGUUUUUGCAGUUUUGUACAAAUCAAUAAAAAUUUUAUGAAAGCA